UCAGCAGCCAUGUCCUUCGACUCGCCCCUCUCGCGCGACUUCCCUUCUACCUCUUCACUCACACGAGAAGACCUCGAAGAUCUUCUCGCCUCUGCCAAUGGACAGGGAGGAGACGGCGGCGCCUACUUUGAUGCCUUUGUCCAUUCACUGCCGGAGGUGAAGGCGAUGCGUGAUGAGCAUGUAGCACUGGUCAAGGGAUGUGAGGAGAGGGCUGCCCGCAAUCUAGCAAUGCAACCCCACCUCGAGUCGCUGCGAAGAGAGACACAAGAAUACUACGAUCGGGCAGUGGCUGCGCAGUCAGCUUGGCCGGGCGUCGAGGCUGAGAUGAGGGAGCAACAUCGGCGCUUCGCCCCCUCCUACCUGCAUGCUCAAGUCGUUCAAAAGGCCUCCAAGCUCCAUGAGGAGUCCGAAUCGCUGGCAGCGGCUUUCGUCGAGGAAGGGGUUGUCCUGCCUUCCACGUCGACCUCAUCCACACCGCCCGAGGGCGGUCAGCAACAGCAGCAAAGCGGCGCGAAGCAGGACGAUGACGCCCUCUUUAUCAGGCGAUACAGGGAGAUGCGGACAGAUUAUCAUCGCUUGAAUAUGGUGGCGGAUCAGUGGGCGAAAGGGAGGGUGCAAUGGGAGUAG